AUGUCUGUGUUUUACGUCUUGACCUGCCCAUCCAACCUGGGCACAGGUCUCCGCGCAGGUGUCCAUAUUAAGCUGCCCAACCUUGGCAAGCAUGAGAAAUUUGGUGAAAUCCUCAAGAGGCUGAGGCUGCAGAAAUGGGGCACAGGUGGUGUGGACACAGCUACUGUGGGAGGAGUGUUUGAUGUCUCCAACGCCGACCGUCUUGGAUUUUCCGAGGUGGAGCUGGUACAGAUGGUGGUUGAUGGGGUGAAACUGCUGACCGAAAUGGAGAAAUGCCUUGAGAAGGGGCAGUCCAUUGACGACCUCAUGCCCGCUCAGAAAUGAAAAGCACUUUAACAUCCCAGCACCCCCCAUGCUUCUUCCUAACUUAUUGGAUGAAUAAUACAGCAAAUGAGGAAAAAAAAACCCAUGAGCUGCUCCAAUCAAAACGUGGAGUCAACAGAGAAAUCCUCACUUAGUAACACUUGUAGAAAUUCUUCCA